AUGAAUGUUAAUGUAAAUUCUAGCAUGAAUAUAAGUGGUGAUAUAAACAUCAGUUUAAACCCUAGUGUAGAUACUGAUAUGAACUUUGGUGUGAAUACUAAUAUGAACUUUGGUGUGAAUGCUGCUAUGAACUUUGGUAUAGAUGCUGCUAUGAAUUUGAAUAUAAAUACUGCUAAAAAUUUUAGCAUAGACAUUGCUAUAAACUUUAAUGUAGAUACUGUUAUAAACUUCAAUAAAGAAGCUGCUGUGAGCUUUGGUGCAGAUGCUUUUAUGAACUUUGAUGAGAAAGCUGCUAUGAACUUUGGAUCAAAUAGUUUUAUAAACUUUGGUUCAAACAAUUUUAUGAACUUUGCCCUAAACAGUUUUAUAAACUUUGGUAUAGAUGCUGUAAAUGUUGAUACAGAUGCUUCUUUGAACAUUGUUAUAAACUUUUGUAUGGAUGCUAGUAUGGACGUUGGUGUAGACAUUGAUGUGAUUUCUGAUAUGAAUAUUGGUGUAGUUGCUGAUAUAAAUAUUUGUAUAGAAGAUGAAAUCUUGUAUAAAGAUGAAAU